AUGACUGGGAUCUCAUGCAACAGCCUUGGAAGAGUAAUAGAGAUAAGCUUACCAAGUGCAGGCUUGCAAGGUAAGCUUGAUAACUUGAGCUUCCUGUCAUUUCCAGACCUCAUUCAUCUCAAUCUCAGUGGCAACACUCUCACCGGAACCAUCCCAGCCCAUAUUGGCACUCUUUACAAACUCAUGUCCCUCGAUCUGUAUGCAAAUAGUAUAAGUGGAUCAAUACCCCUGGAUAUAGGGAAUCUUGUGAAUUUGAAUGAGCUAGACUUGUCCAAAAACUACCUCGAUAGUUCCAUCCCUUCCACUUUAGGAAAUCUGACAAAGCUUUCCAUCUUGUACCUGCACCAAAAUCGAAUCUCUGGCUCCAUUCCACCACAGAUGGGGAAUCUGCAAGAUCUGGUUACGUUGACUGUGUAUCAAAACAAUCUGACUGGUCCGAUCCCUCCAGCCUUGGGGAAUUUAAUGAAUCUCAACAAACUUGAUCUGUCCAAUAACAUUCUAAAAGGUUCUAUCCCUUCCACUUUAGGGAACUUGACAAAGCUGACACUCCUCUACCUCUUUGAGAAUCAAAUUUCUGGUUCUAUUCCUCCAGAACUCGGGAAUUUAACGAGUCUCAAUGAGCUAGCACUGAACCAAAACAAUCUGAUUGGUCCGAUCCCUCCAGCUUUAGGUAAUUUGGUGAAUCUCGACAAUCUUGAUCUGACAAAUAACAGUCUAGCAGGUUCUAUCCCUUCCAGUUUAGGAAACUUGACAAAGCUGACAACCCUCUACCUAUCCUACAAUCAAAUUUCAGAUGUAUCGAAAGCCUUUGGUGUAUACCCGCAUCUCACAUAUGUGGACGUCAGCGACAACAUGCUGUUUGGUGAACUCUCACCGAACUGGGGAGAAUGCCAAAACCUAACGGAGCUCCAAUUCUAUGGGAACAUGAUCACCGGUAGAAUUCCUCCAGAGAUUGGGCAGUUGACACAGCUAGGUGUGCUUGGUCUUUCUUCGAAACAACUAACAGGAUAG